AGUCCCAGAUACAGAUAAACACAGUGUAGUGUAGUGAAAGCAACGCAUCCUCUCCGUCAACCCAUUCUCUGUGUCUCUUUAGCGUUACGUGGACGGCGGGAUCAGCAACAACCUGCCGCAGUCGGAGCUGAAGAACACCAUCACCAUCUCUCCCUUCUCCGGCGAGUGUGACAUCUGUCCCCGCGACAACUCCACCAGCUUCCACGAGCUGCGCUUCACCAACACCAGCAUCCAGAUGAACCUGGGCAACAUGUACCGCCUCAGCAGGGCCCUGUUUCCACCAGAACCCAAGGUCCUGGCUGAGAUGUGUCAGAGCGGUUAUAAGGAUGCUCUACGCUUCCUUGAAGAAAACAACCUGCUGAUGCUGGAGCAUCCGACCUCGGGCCUCGCCCCGCCAGAGAGCCCGCCAGAGAGCCCGUCCGCCUGCUGCGGCAAGCACACGGAAACCAACAAAGAGUGGGUCCUCCGGAGGCUCCGCCUGCUGCGCAAACAGCACUGGUGGCUGGAUGAGCAGAUCGUUCUGCCCACGUCCAUCAAGAAAGUGUUCUGCGAGGCCUGCCAAGACAAACCCGGCCUGUAUGCCAAGGUGUCCGGGAUGCUGCCAGUGAGAGUGGCCUCCUACAUGCUCAUGCCGUACACGCUUCCUGUACAGUCGGCCUACUCAGUGGCCCAGAGGUUAGUGGAGUGGAUCCCAGAGGUGCCAGCGGAUAUGCGCUGGCUGUUUGGGGUGGCAGGUGACAUGUACCAACAGGCCUGGAGAGGAGCACCAGCCAUCAGAGAGCCGUGCCUGAGGAAAUGCUUGAGCGAGCCGCCUCUACCUACAGAGUGUGAUAAACCCAUGCAGGGAGACAACCCGCCUCCUCUUUCCUCCCUAGACCUCCACGGCAGCUACUGGGAGAUCCCCAAAUCUACCUCCUCCCACCAUCAUCCUCACAUCGCCCCCUCCUCUCCGCAAAAAGUUAGCUUCUACGUCGGCUCGCAGGAUGAACCUGAAUGAUUCAGGACCUGCACUUUGACAAUCAUGACCCCUCUUCCUGUGAGGAGGAGCUGGUGGAUCGACGGGGUGGUACAGAUUUGAACCAGCAAACAAAAUGUUUUCAAGGAAACGCACAUUUAAUCUCUGACUCUGAACACUCCAGGCGGCACCGACUGUAUUAUAUUUUAACGAGUGCUCUGGAGAACUCACUCAGGAUCGUGGAUGUGUCUUUUAUGACCUUUUUUUUUAUGUACAGCACUAGAAAAGUGUCUAGUUUUACAAUCUAACUACAACCCUACCUACCUGUUGGUUUAAAAUAUACUCAAUGUAGCAUUCAUUCCUCAAUCCCAGUACAGAUAAUUCAAUCAAGAGUCUCCAUCUAUCUGUCCGUUUAAUUUAAUCUAAUUUAUUUUACCCUAGGGAUGCACCGAUACCGAUACCAGUAUCGGGUCCGAUACUGUGCUCAUGUACUCGUACUCGCACAACGGCUCCGAUACAACGGCUCCAAUACAACAGCAGCGAUACCGUUAGACUCCUUGGUCCGUGUUUCAAGACGGGUUGGGUGGGUUGCCGACAUCGCCGCAGACCCCUGGCGCCUUUUACGUGGGCCGAGCCCCGCUCUGGCGUCAUGACGCGGUUGGGUGCGCACUGAAAACAGUCCGUCCAGGUCGACAGUCACACUAAGAGCAGGGGGCCCCGGCGGGGAGAGAGGGCGAAGCGAGCCCUUUGUCUACGGGCGGCGAGGUCCUGGCGGGGAGCGCUGUAAAUCUGCGGCAGCGAGCCACAUUCGCCCCGAGCCUUUCCAAGCCGACCUAGAGCCGAUUACGGCGCACCGCCUCGUAUGCGGGACUCCCCAGCCUGCCGUGUGUCGCUAACACCCUCCAGCUGGCUGUUAACGAGGGUCUUUUGGCACAGAGAAGUACUCGUAUCGGUACUCGGUAUCGGCGAGUACCCAAAUGUAAGUACUUGUACUCGGUCUGAAAAAAAGUGGUAUCGGUGCAUCCCUAUUUUACCCCCCUUCCCUCAAGAGGCUUCACCUUUUGCCAGGCCACCACUGUAAAUAAGAAUUUGUUCUUAAAUGACUUGCCUGGUUAAAUAAAGGUUAAAUAAAAUAAAAUAAAAGCUUAGAUUAGUGGCUAUAGCUACAGCUGGAGCCCGGCGCUGCUGAUUACAACCGAUAGAAAUGGUGGUUGCAAUAAACUAAAGUGCCCUUUAAAUGAGGUGAUGUCAAAGACUAGAGCGUUUACUGCGUCACAGAACUCUAAAUAUUGAGACAAAUCUGCCACAUAAGUCACUUUACUCACUGAUCACUAACAUUACUGACCAAUGGGGCUGGAGGCAAUCUCAGCUGACAUGGAGUGAUGGCGGGGUACGCCCUGGACGGGUCGCCAGACUAUCACAGGGCUGACGCAUAAGAGUCAGCGCCCUGCAUGUCUUUGGACUUUUGGACUUAAUUUGCCAAAAUGAAACACUGAUGCUGAGUGUGCUCAUCAAGAGAGUCGCAACCAGUGAUGUAAUGUCAGCGUUAUCAGUGUAUUAUGGUCUGACCUUCCAGUUGUAAAUCUGUUUUUACAUCGCCUGUCACUUGAAUGUAAAGUUAUGUUAUUACACUGUGAUAUUCUCUUGUGAUUAAACAAUUUUAAAUCGGU